ACGUCAUGAUCACUCGAACAGCACCGGACGUGGCGUGAAGACCUAUGUACGCCGUUGUUCUGGCUACCCUUCUACAGCCUGAGACAGACUGACCCCCUCGGACACUACACUAAAACUGACGUGUGGACACAUCAAGCUACAAAAUGGACUCAAGUAAAAAGCGAAGUCACAUUGCUGCUAAAGCCACUAUGUCUUUUAUGAAAAGGCUUUCCGAGGCUGACACAAGCAAAUAUUUUGUGAAAGGAAAAAAUCAAUCAGAAGAUUUCACGCAUUUAAAGCCUAAUAAUUUGCCAAGUAUCAAAGCAUCAGUUUCCUCUCGUGCUGUUGAUUCCCACACAGACACAUUGGUUCCCCCCGUCGGGACUGCAGCUCACAAACCAACAAACAUGAAGAAAGCCAGCAGCCACAACACCAACUCGCCGACUGUCCAAUCCCACAGCACAAACUCCAGCUCGACAGAGACGACCAUCGCAUCUGAUGAUCUAGCCUAUGGUGAGAUGGAAGACUCAACACAGGAGGACCUAGUCCACCUGGAUGGUCAAGACUUUGCGAGGUCGCAAGCCAACAGCAGCUCACGUCUUCAUGCUGUCACCAGCCAAGUGCAAGAAAUUGAAAGAUGGCUCACCAAAUCUAAUCACGGAAGUGUAAGGGUGGAAGAUUUUGAAGACAGUUUCUACUUGACACUUGGUGAGUACAUGUUCAAACAGUUACAUAGUGUCCAAUGUAUUGAUCGAGCUACUCAGACAGACUGGACCUGGCGAUAUAUGGCGGAAAGAUGGCGCAAUGCCAAGAUUCUCGUUUCUACCGAUCAAACUAGACUACGCCGUAGUGAUGACCUGUCUCACGACUUGUCAGGAUUUCAGCUUUCACUAGGUAGGGCAAAGGCUUCAAAUAUUGAAAGAUUUCAGCUUUCACUAGGUAGGGCAAAGGCUGCAAAUAUUGAAAGAUACAAAAUAAUGUUCGCAAAAAAACUAAAAGAGGUUGUUGAAAUAAGAGAGUGUCGGUCCAAUGACAAAUGUGUCGACUCUACAGACUUGGUUUACGAUCCACAAGAAUAUUUUAGACAGCGGGCUCAGCGAGUCCAUAAUCAAAAUGCAAAGAAGAAGAAAAAAGACAAUGUUAGAAAGUCCAGGUCGAACACACCAUUCCAGUCACAAACUGUAGUGGCAAUCAAUCAGCCAAGCGAGCAGGGAGCAUCCGAUGAAGAACACAGCUCCAAGUCUAAAGAGAACUCGAGUUCUGAGGAGCAUUCUGUAGAAUCUUGAUUGGACCAAGUAAUGCCAGAACACGGUCAUCAAUCGAAUGGACUUACACAGCAUAACAUAUUAUACAGCUUUUCAACUUAUACAACACAUAACAUAGUAUAUCGUUUGUAAAAGUAUAUAAUCCAUUAACGUAUUAUACACAUCAUCAUAUAUAAUAUACAAGCAAUAAAAUUAUACAACACACAACUUAUUAUACAAAUCAUAACAUAUAAUACAAUCAAUAACAUUAAACAACGCAUAACAUUAUGCGAAACAUAAGAUUAUACAACAUAUAAAUUUUUAAUGGUAACUAAACAUCCAUUGGAAUAUAAUCACUGGCAGAAAUAUGUUGCUACAUUAGAUCAAAACAUACAUAACUGUGUGUACGAAAACUGGAGAUUUAUAUAUCUCCAAGUGUCUGAAAUGUUUGUAUGUAGCAAUUUGUACCUAAGUCAAUACAUCAGAUAGAAAAAAAAACAUAACGCUUUAAACUUAU